UGCCUAAACCCUGCUCCCUCUCGAGAUCGGUCGAAGCGAAGAGGAAAAGUGCCGCCCAAACUCCCAUCUUUCUUCGAGUAACAGCAGAGAGGAAAAGUGCCGCCCAAACUCCCAUCUUUCUUCGAGUUCCUGCCAUGCGAGGCGCUCUCUGCUCCCUCUCCUCUGCGCUCUUGCGACGGCCCAUCGCUUCCAUCGGCGCCUCCGGACAUCCGCCUCUUUCCCCUUGUCUCCGGUCUCUUCCCCAGAAUGGAAGAAGCAUAGGAAGGGCUUGGAUAAGCCGUUAUUAUUUGUCUUCUACAGUUGAAUCGCUAGUUGAAUAUGAAAGGGAUCCUCCAUUUGAUGAUAGAAGCGUUCUGGACAAACGGUCGUCCCUCGAUCUUGCACUAUGUCAGCUAGCAAGUGAUUUUGAUAAAGAAUCAAAUUUAUCAUUAGGCCGUUUCUACCGUUCACGGCAGAUUCCAGUAAUCUCAACUGGCUCUCUAAAGCUUGAUCUGGCCCUUGGAAUUGGAGGAUUGCCAAAGGGAAGAAUGGUUGAGAUUUAUGGGAAAGAAUCCUCUGGAAAAACUACACUCGCUCUUCACAUUAUAAAGGAAGCUCAAAAGCUUGGAGGAUGUUGUGCUUAUUUUGAUAUAGAGAAUGUGUUGGAUCUCGCUUUAGCAGAAAGGAUAGGUGUAAAUAUAGGCAAUCUUCUGAUUUCAAGAGCUGAAUGUGCUGAACAUUCACUAAGCAUAGUGAAUACACUCGUAAAUAGUGGAUCUAUUGAUGUUAUCGUGGUGGAUAGCGUAGCAGCCCUUAUUCCCCAAUGUGAAAUUGAAUCUACAAUAGAUAUGAAUCGUCCUGAGGUGCAAUCUAGGUUGAUGACUCGAGCACUCCGAAAGAUUCAUCAUUCCUUAUGCCGGUCAGAAGCUCUCAUCAUUUUUAUUAAUCAGGUUAGAGAAAAUGUGGGCCAUAGGCAUGGAUUUGUAGAUCAAAAUGAGAUCACAUGCUGCGGAACUGCCUUACGAUUCUAUGCUGCAGUACGAAUGAGAGCUAGAAGGAAAUGCUUGCUUUACAAUGACAAUACGGCCACUGGCAUUGCUAUAUCGAUUGAAAUCAUCAAAAACAAGCUUGCGCCUGCGAUGAAGAGGGCUGACCUAAACAUAGAAUUUGGAAGAGGUCUCCGCCGCGAGGAAGAACUUCUCGAAAUCGCCUCAAAGCAUAGAUUUAUCAAAAAGGAACAAGAUGGGUAUUGGAUACAAGGAGAGUAUUACAAAGAUCAACAAGCAGCUGAAAGGUACCUCGCCGCAAAUAACAGUCUGGCGAGCGACCUUACAGAUCUAUUAAAAGAUCAAUUGUUCAAUGAGACAACAGAAAGUGGACGACAAACUGAGAUGAUCGAGCAGUCGUAAUCUCCAUUGUAUUUGCGAAGAAAUCUUCGCUGUUCAUUGAUGAAAAAAUGUUGUUUAAUCUUUCUAUUCAAGAGUUGAUCAUCAAUUUAUAAACAGUAGUCUGCAGUUGAAAGGAUUUUAAUUUUAUGGGAUAUUUAUUUGAUCUGUUUGAACAAAUUAUUGUAUUUUGUAGUCUGCAAUUUCUUGC